AUGACGGGUAUCGUGCAGUCGCUCGAGAACCUUGUGUCGUCCUUCUUCGCGCUGAUCGGCAACCUGCUGAACGGCAUCUUGUCGGCCUUCCAGUCCGUCGUUGCCGUCAUCUUCACCUUCUUCCAGCAGCUGGCCGGCCUGGCUCAGGAUGCGGUUUCGUUCCUACUGCACAACAUUGUCAUAUUGGGCGUCAUUGCCGCUGCAGUCUUCGCUUUCUUCGCGCUUCAGCAGCGCCAGAGCGGCGGAACGAUUGGGCAAAAGAAACGGGCUUGA